AUGGAUGGCCUCACAAAGAAAGUGGGCUCAAUUGAGUGCUCGCUUACACAGUCAUCCAAAAAACUCGACAACUACGAAACGACCGGUCGCACCGAGAUCGGUCAGGACGUGGUCGGCAUGCGCGACGCCCUGCUCCAAAGCAAUCAGCGUAUAGAGCACGUGGCGGGCGAGGUGAAAUCCUGCAUGAGGUUGAUCGAGGGCCGCCCCGCCAAAGAAGUCGAUCUCAAGCCGCAGAUCGCCUGGCUCAGCACUAACAUCGCGAGUAUAUUAACGGAUUUCCAGACGGCCGAGAACAAGGCCCAGGACGCAAUGGCCAAGACGAUGGCAUACGAGAACAAUGUCAACGAUGUGUCUCAAGACAUUGCUGUUCAACAGCGCGAACUCGGCCUCGCUCAGCAGGAGAGCCAACAGCUCGCCACCCGAGCUGCGGAGCAGCUGCGGACUAGCCAACGGCUUGUCGAUGAGGCGGAGGAAAGCAUGCGACAAAAGACCACGGAGAUCACGAACAAGACUCGAGAGGCCGCCACCCUCCGAGCGAAGCUGCCAGGUUUACAGAAAUCCUUGCAGCAGACGCAAGAGAGCCUCGCAGAGGCCAGGACAAAAGCGGAGAAGAAAAAGGCCAAGGCCGUCCUAGGCUUUAGCACCGCGAUCAUCAGUAUCGGCUUGGCGCCAGUCACAGGAGGAUUGUCACUAUUGGCUGCGGGCGUUGGGGCGGGCGUUGGAGCCGGCAUGGCGCUCGACUAUAACGACCUGAAGGACGAGAUCUCGUCAACCGAAUGGCAAAUCGCGUCUCUUAAUACUCAGAUCCAGGACGCUGAGAACUCGGUGACAUCUUUGGCCAAGGAGAAGUCGCAGCUCCAGAGCCGCGUUUCUGACCUGCGGUUGAGGAUCCAGCGGCAGAAGACGGCUCAAAUCAGCCACCAGAACCAGAUCAGCAAGGUGAACAACGUACAAACCGACAUUACGUCACUCAACCGCCACGCCGAAACCACCAGCUCGACCGUGAAGACGUUUGCGCGAGAGCUGCUCCAGCUGAAGCAGGCAUUGAAUGAGUGCGCCGCGACAGUGGACCAAGAGAAUACUGAGCUCCGCGUGAAUACGUCCCAGCUCGACAAGUUCCUUUUCCGGAGCACGAGGCAGAGGAGAGAGCUUGGGCGGGAGAAGGCUGCAAUCCUCCAGGCGUCCGAGGCCCUGUCGCAAGUCGGCGCCAAGAUCCCCAGUCUACUACCCAGCUCAAACAUCAAGUUCUUGGAGCUCAAGUUGGCUACGAGUGGGCCGGUCGUUCCGGUUCCUGGCCAAACACCCAUUCCGCCGGUCGAGCCAAGGGGCUGA